CACCUUUCUUUGUACACAUGAUAUCUAUCCUCUCCUUGUUUUUCAAGUCUUCUCAUGGACACCAAUCUCAAGCUUUCAUCAAGGGGUUCAAAUUUACAAGUCAAAGGGCCAGGAAAACAAGGAAGAAGAUGGACCAGCUUGAUUCCCCAAAAUGUGUCCAACGAAAUUUGGAGGACAACCCUUCCGAUCCUUUUCCAGGUAGGUUUUUAGUCAAUCUGUCCAAUACAACCAUUGGUCAGUCGUAUAGGGGAUACAUAACCGACCGGCCACCAAAAGAAAGGUCAAAAGGACUAUUGGGUCAAAUGAUUGCACAGAGAAUCAAGCUAGGCAUCAGUCUGCUGUAGUGCAGAGUUGAUGAUACUGUUUCACAUGCCAGAUCUAUCUUCUUGCUUGCGCUGCGGCAACUCGGUUGGGAUCAAAAGCCACCGUUCCAUCUUGAUGCAGUAUCUGUCAUGAUUUCUCUUAUGAUCGUCUUUGCCAGCAUUGCAAUCAUGAUUUAAGCUCUGCGCUGACUUCUUUUUGUGAUGGUUAUUGUGUGGCAGGAUCUAAGAGCAACAAGCGGAUUGUGACUGGUAAGAAACUUACAUUUCUGAGCCGGUUGAUCUCCUAACCGGUCUCACAUCCUUUGCCAUCAAUGUCACCAGCAGGAGCUUGCGUGGGCGUGGGAGGCCUGGUCGUGGUAAGCCUCCUCGGACUUCUCUUCUUCCGCCGCGAGAUGUGGAAACGGCUGAUCUCUUCAGUUCCGCUACAUCGGACCGCCUCUUCUGGGUCAACUUCCGAGCAAGAUCCAGAGUUCGGCGGCGAACGAUACGUCACCCAGGUCUUCAAGUACGAGGAGCUGCAGAAGGCCACGGGUGGCUUCAGUUCCUCCAAUCAACUUGGCGAUGGUGGCUUCGGCACCGUUUACAAAGGAAAUCUUCGUGAUGGUCGCACGGUGGCCAUCAAGCGACUGUACGAGCACAACCGCAGGCGAGUGGAGCAGUUCAUGACGGAGGUCCGCAUACUCUCCUCCCUCCGACACCCAAACCUCGUUACCUUGUACGGCUGCACCUCCCGUCGCAGCCGAGAUCUCCUCCUCGUGUACGAGUACGUGCCCAACGGCACUGUUGCAGACCACCUCCAUGGUCCCCGUGCAGGCGAGGCAGGGCUCCCGUGGGCCACGAGGAUGAGCAUCGCGAUCGAGACGGCUGAUGCGCUCAGCUAUCUCCACGCCGUCACGCCCCAAAUCAUACACCGGGAUGUCAAGACCAACAACAUCUUGCUCGACAACAGCUUCCACGUCAAAGUCGCCGACUUCGGACUCUCCCGGCUCUUCCCCGUCAACGCCACCCACGUAUCUACCGCGCCACAGGGCACGCCCGGCUACGUCGACCCCGAGUACCAUCGGUGCUACCAGCUGACCGACAAGAGCGACGUCUACAGCUUCGGGGUGGUGUUGGUGGAGAUCAUAGCGUCGAAGCCGGCCGUCGACAUCAGCAGGCGGCGGCACGAGAUCAAUCUCGCUGACAUGGCCAUCGCCAAGAUCCAAAACGACGAGCUGGAUCAGCUGGUCGAUCCGAAUCUGUGGUGUCAGUCGAACUGCGAGAUGAUAAGACAGGUGGCCGAGGUAGCGUUCAGCUGCUUGCAAGCGGACGGCGACAUGCGGCCUACCAUGAAAGAGGUUGUGGAGGCACUGCGAGGGAUAGAGGACGCUAAGGGCGUGGAAGCUGAUGCCAUGGUGGAGGAAGACGACUACUUGCUGAAGGAACGGCCGGCAUAUCCAAUAAUAAUUCUCAGUCAAAGUAGGUCAACUACAUCAUUAUCCAAUAAUAAUUCUCAGUCAAAGUAGGCUCGAGAAUCAUCUUAUCAAGUAAAGAUCCGUCCGUGGCCUGUGCUAAACGUACUCCUCCUCGGCUGUACCUGCAAGCAGGAAAAGACAUUAAUAUCCUACAUAU